AGCAUUGUAUAGUUUAUGAAACCUACAAAAUGGUCAAGGUUCAACGCCGGAAGUACCGAGUCCAGUGCACCUUUCAUUUUAGUUGAAUUUGCGGAAGUUUCAAUCACCUUCCCUGAUUCGUAACGUCAGAAUUUAUAGACUGCGACAGCGAUUAGGAUCGAUUUUUCUACCAUUUCUCCUUCCUUUCGAUGGUUUUUCUGUUUUUACACUUUUACCAAGCAAACGCGCACGCAGACUUGCCGAUCAAUUUGCCAGAAUCAAUUAUAAAUACCAUCUCACAUAAAUGAUAAAUCUCAACUUUUUUUAACAUUUUCCUGCACCUUGGUCGCUGUGUGUAUAGAAUAAUCACCAGUGUUUUUGAGUCUGCAAGUGUUUAUAAAAUGAAGUCGUCACUGGAGAAGUUUGGGCGCAAAUUAACGAUGCACAAGAACGAUGGGAAGGAGAAGAAGGAUCAUCAGCCUUCCGCCCAUUUGGAUGAGCUUGUUCAGGUUUCCAAGGAUAUGCAAGACAUUAGAAACUCCUAUGAUGGCUUAAUGUCAGCUGCUGCUGCAAUGACAAAUAGUAUAUUUGAAUUUUCAGAAUCUCUACAUGAAAUGGGGACCUGUUUGCUGGAGAAAAGUGCAAGUGAUGUUGAUGGUGAAAGUGGAAGAGUGUUAUCAACUUUAGGAAAUAUACAAUCAGAACUCCAAAAAAUCGCGGAUAGUUAUCGUUCUUACGUGGUUGUGACAAUUACAAAUCCAUCAGAGUCUCUUCUAUCUGAGCUACAAAAAGUAGAGGAGAUGAAGCUUCAAUGUGAUGAGAAAAGAGGUGUGUACGAAUACAUGAUGUCACAACACAAAGAAAAGGGAAAGUUGAGAAGUGGAAAGGCUGAAAGUUCAGUUGCACAAAAAUUACAAGAAGCACAAGAUGAAUAUAACGAAGUGGCUAGACUAUGUGCCUUUCGGGUAAAAUCACUCAAGGAGGGACAAUGCCGUAGUAUUUUGACACAGGCUACUCGCCAUCAUGCUGCACAGUUGAGUUUUUUUCGUAAGGGAGUGAAGGCUCUUGAAGCAGUUGACCCGUUGAUAAGAAUUGUUGCAGAGAAGCAUCGAAUCGAUUGCCAACUCACUGAAUUUGAUGAUGUGAAUGGUGGGGAAGAUGGAGGUAUGAACAGCUUUGAGAGGAUUGAUGAUGGGGAAUUGAGUUUUGACUAUGGGCAAAAGAAGCAAGGACUUGAUAAUUUUGGCACAUCAUCGAACCCAAUGGAGGUAGAGCAGCCUGACAUACCACAUCUUCAAGUUCCAACUUCAGAAGAUCGACAUAUGAAUCAUUAUAAACAACAGCAAGGGGCACGAGCGAGCAGUUAUUCUGCUCCAUUGUUCCCGGAUUCAUCUGAGAAGCCUAAGGAAACACUUACACAACCCCGGCAGAAUUUUCACUCUUACGUGCUACCUCCUCCAAAAACACCUCCUGCAUCAUCUGUCCCCCACACCAAUAAUCCAUUCAGCAAGUUGCAACCAACAGAUGAGAAACACGAAAGGGAUUCUAAUGAUUCGAAACCCACGAUAAAAGAUUCCAGCAUCCAGUUACCUGCUCCUCCUCCUCCUUCAUGGAGUGGGUUUGAUAGUAAAGCAGGGAAAAGACAGGCCUACUCUGGUCCAUUGCUGCCAACGAAGGGGGGUUUUUCCGGAAAGAUAAAUAGCAGUGAAGCUCAUGUUUCUCGUAGUGUUUCACCUCCGCCUCCGGGUCUAUCAUUAUCUUCUUCCCCUAGAAUAAGUGAGCUUCAUGAGCUUCCUAGGCCUCCUCCUUCUUCUUCUUCUUCUUCAAAACAUGGUAUGAUGGGAUAUUCGGGCCCGUUGUUUUUAAAAAAUCAAGACAGAUCUCAUUCUCCUCCCAAAAUGAGUAAAACCUCGAUUGCAAUUGCGUCUCCCCUUCCACCUCCUCCGCUAGUUGUUCCUAGAAGUUUUUCGGUUCACUCUAGCAACCCGAGUGCUAUGGAGUCCCCACAGCCACAAAGAACAGGAGGCAGGAGUAGGCAUGAACAACAACAAGUCUUCUCUCCCCCACUCACACCCAUUUUGCUUUCAAAUCUCAAGUCUAGAGGCCACACCUAAAAGCCUAAGGUGGAAGCUGAUUCGUGUUGCGCUUGAACAUAAGUAUGUUUUUUUUUUUUUAGUUGAAUGGCGAUUUUAUAGAGUUUCUUCGUUUAUCUUGGUUUUUUGGGGGGACAGGGACAGGUGUGUAAAUAUAUGUGGCAUUUCUUGUGUUUUUAACAUCAUCAUAGACGUUUCUGGAUUUCAUUCCUAAAUCAAAUUUAGUUUUUGCA